AUGACAGCUUUACCCAAGUACGAGAAUGUUAGUCUAAGCGACAACGACGACUCGUCGAUUACCGACGUGGACGAUUCUGUAAUGGGCGACGACAAGCACAUGCACGGAGAGCAAUACAGACCAAGAUAUAAGAAAUCGAAGGCCGCAUCAUGCUUGUCGAUACUUAAGGAAGGGAGAUGGUUCCUUGAUACAAUUCUGCUCCUUGUCAUCAUUGUCUUGCUGCUACGAAACCAGACGGAGGCCGCCGUUCCCAAAAGUAGUGAGCGCGACGUUGGUGGAGAUUUUACUGGAGUUGGACCACAUCUCCCCACCGAGGUCAAAACAUUCCACAUCAACCAGACGUUCGCUCCCUACAACACCACCGAAUUUUUCAAGGAAGAAGUGUUGACGGCCUGGAAUGAGCUGAUGCCCAUCGGAAUGGGUUUCCAGAUGAUAAACGACACGAGUAAAUACCACGACCUGCCCACGCCCAUCAUCUGGCCCACCGGGACCGUCUUCACCACGUCCAUGACCCACCAGCUGCACUGUCUGUUCGCCGUCGUCCAGACCUACUCGGGCCUGAAGGCCAAUAUCACCCUGCCCGAGGAUCACCACUGGCACAUGAUCCACUGCUUCGACUACAUGCGUCAAGCGAUCAUGUGUUCGGCCGACAUGGCGCUCGAAGGACUGGAGACCACCUUCCCGGAUCACAACGGAGGCUCGGAUGGCUGGGACUCCAAGCAUGGCAAGUCCGAUCAGAUCCCCAUCUGCAAAAACUACGGCUCGGUGAUCGACUACUUGGAGAGCGUUCGGGCGUACAACGACCAACAGAUUUACUGA